AUGAGCAGCGAGCAAGAACUCGAAGCCUAUGAGCGAUUCGCCGUGGAAGAACAUGUCCACGAUAUACUUACCGAGUUGUGCAAACUACCGGCUGCUCGCGACGAGUUCGGCCUUAGCGAUAGAAUACAGUUCAGCAACCAUACGAAUUCCUUAAACGAGAACGGAGCUCCCGAAGGAGAAGCAAGCCAGCCGUCAAGUGUACACAACCCAAGACCUGAUCAGUUCUGCAUCCAUCGUGUCGACGACACCACUACCACUCUCCUCACAUCUGUCGAGUAUAAGCCGCCUCACAAGCUUUCCGUGGCCACCCUUCGUCUAGGGCUGCGACCAAUAGACUUAUGGAAGGAUAUGGUCAGAUCAAACAAAAUACCGACAAACCAAGAAGCUAAGUUAAGGUACAAUGCCGAGCGACUUGUCUGCUCCGCUCUUGUCCAGGAGUAUCAUGUCAUGAUCCAGGAAGGGCUCGAGUACUCCUACGUGACCAACGGGAUCGCUCGCGUUCUCCUCCGCGUUCCACAUGAUGACCCUGGCACGCUCUACUACUUUCUAUGCGAUCCAAAUAGCGAAGUGGAUAUGGAAAUGGAAGCUACUUUUGCGAGUACUUCUGUCGCAAGAACUCUGUGUUUGUGUCUGAUGGCAUUCCAGUCGCCUGUGCGAGAUCAGGAGUGGAGAAAUUCCGUACGACCAGAUAUUCCUAUAUGGAGGACCAGCUUCGAUCACACUCGCUCUCAUAUUCCCGAAGACGAAUUCCGGCAACUUCCUCUCAAGUCCGACAGUACCGCACCGGAAUUUCCAAGCCCAGAUUCUUGUUCGACCUAUGAACCAUCGUCAUCACCGCCAGAUCCCCCCGAAUCAAGAGUUCGUCAGGUGUUUACUAGAUCUCGAGCUACCUGUGCCCCAUCCGAUGUGAGCUAUCGCUCACGGUCGUCACAAUCACCCGACCCCGAUUCGAACGCAACGCGCCGCAAACGAACCUUUAGUAAUGUUCCGUCUUCUCCAUCGGCCCCACGCGUGGCUCGAAAGAGAGACACAAAUGAUGAUAAAGGCCAAGAUAGCCAGUCCCGCCACCGCGAUGCACAAUUUUGCACCCAGCGAUGUUUACUAGGGUUGCAAUCUGGCGGUCUUCUAGACGACUGUUGUCCAAAUGUGAUGCUCCAUCGUCGAAGCAAAGAUGACCUGCAGCAUCCAAUUACUUCGGAAGAUUUGGUACGUUUACUAAAAGCUCAAUUGGAUAAAAACAUUGACCGAUGCACACCACUUGGGGGUUGCGGGGCGUACGGUGCACCUUUCAAACUUUCUUGUGCCGUAUAUGGCUACACUGUCAUUGGAAAAGGAACCACAUCGUGGCUGUGGAAAGAAGUCUCCCGCGAAGCGCGGGUAUAUCAAAUUCUGCGGAAGGCCCAAGGGUCUGCUGUGCCUGUUUUUCUUGGCACGAUCGACUUGGCGAAAAUUUACUUCCUUCACGGGGCUGGAGAAAUUCGCCAUAUGCUCGUUAUGGGCUGGGGGGGGAAAGCACGGCAUCGAUGGAGCUGA